AUGGCUUCAAACUCUAGAAGCUCGAGCUCGUCAUGGACGUUCAGACAGAACAAGAUGUUCGAGAGAGCCUUGGCAGUUUACGACAAGGACACACCAGAUCGGUGGCACAAUGUGGCAAAUGCUGUUGGAGGGAAAUCUGCAGAGGAAGUUAAGCGUCACUAUGACAUCCUCGUCGAAGAUCUCAUCAGCAUCGAAACUGGUCGUGUCCCUUUGCCUAAUUACAAGACCCUCGAAUCUAACUCAAGAGGCAUCAAUGACACGAGGUAA